AUGCCCGACUUUUCCUCGGAGAUGGUCAUCGAAAACGUUAAACGAUUUUGGCCAUGGGUCUUGAUUCCUGCGGGACUCUACGUCAUUCCCAAUCUUCUAUCGGCUCUUGUCCCCGGUCCGCACAGAAAGCCAAAGCUCAACUUCAAGGAUAAAACCGUUUUGAUUACAGGAGCUUCUACUGGUCUUGGGCGUGCUCUAGCCUUUGAGCUCUAUGCACGCGGCGCGAAACUAAUUCUAACGGCGAGGUCGAUCGACAAAUUGAAAGAAUUGUGUGAGGAAUUGAAAGGAUCAAAGAUCAAGAACCGACAUGAACCUGUGUACAGAUACUUGGACAUUUGUGAGCCAUCGGAUUUGGAGAAACUAGUGGACCUCUCUUUGGACGGAAAGACGAUCGAUGUGCUUGUGAACAACGCGGGACUCUCGAAUCGCGGUCCGGUCUCUGAAACGCCAAUGUCAGUACACCGUCAGGUUAUGGAGGUCAACUAUUUUGGGCACAUUGAAGUUACUCGAGCGCUACUUCCUUACAUUCCAGACACAGGUUGUAUCAUCGUGACAAGCAGUGUUCAAGGACGAAUUGCCGUGCCAUAUCGAAGCGCUUACUCAGCCAGUAAACAUGCUAUACAGGGUUUCUUUGACGCUCUACGAUGCGAAGAGCGACACGAUUUGCAAAUUCUCAUGGUCUCUGCUGGUUAUAUGAACACGGGUUUUGGAUCAAAGGCUCUUGACACUUCCGGGAAACCUGUACAAAAAGAGGAUGCUGAUCAAGCGAAAGGAUACACCGCCGAAUAUUCUGCACAACGAGUUGUCGAUGCUGCCGAAAAUAGAGAAAUCGAGCUGAUUCUAGCGCCGUUUUCGAAUCGAAUUGGCAUCUUUUUGAGAUGGUUAUGGCCAAGUCUUUUCUACUUCUUUAUGUACAAACGAGGACUCAAGGACGAAUAUGGAAAAAAGAAA